GGUGGAUAUGAAGGUUGGAUCUUCAGUGUUUCUUCUUCUGUUGCUGGUGGAACUAUCUCCGACUUUGGGCCGGCGAAAAUCAACUCAGGCACCUGGAAGGAAAUGUCGUGGUGGAGGAAUUUGUAAAUAUAAAAUACAUGAACAAUCGUCUCGGCCAGUGAAUGUUCAACUUUGCGGCAAUGAUAUUAUAAAAGCCUUCAGAAACAUUUGUAGACUGGGGGUGAAACGAAAGAGCAAACGAGGUAAAUAAAUAGAACACUUUUGCCAUCAUGAUAUUUAUGCAAACGACUUCCACCCAGGUGGUUUGUGUAAAUGGGAAACACCCAGUAUCUCGAACAUACAGUCGAACCUCCAUGUGCGACCACCGCCCAUAAGCGACCGCCAAUCCAAGACACCAAGAACUGUUUCCCAGACAAAGCCUUACAGUUGGAACCUCUAGUAAACGACCCGUUCCUGUAAUAAUAAUAAUAAUAAUAAUAAUAAUAAUAAUAAUAAUAAUAAUAACUGUUUAUUCACAAAUCCAAAUCGAAAAAGUGAAAAGGAGAUAAAAGAGGUUAUCCCUUUCUAGUUUAUCUCCUGAUAAUAAAAUACAUUAAGAAAUAAAUUAUUUACAACUGUUUAAAAUAGUAACUAUACAUGUAUAUAAAACAUCACACAGUAAAAGAACUUAGUGUUCACUAGAAAAAUCUAUAAGAUAACGUCUCAGUCUGUUCUUGAAAAUAUUCAAAUUCUCCGCCUCAAUUCUCAAUUCCUCAAUUCUCCUGUAAGCGACCGCGAACACUUUUUGGGCCUGAAAGUUGAUGAUUUUCCAUUCUUUUUAAUCUCUUGUAAGCGGCCAUUUGUUGCAUUCUCUGAUCUCUAUUUUCGCUGUGUGCAGGGGCGGAUCCAGGAUUUUUUUUAGGAGGGGGUGCACUCGUCUCUUGCUCUACUUCAACACCAAUAAACCACAUAGUUUUUUUUUGUAGAAUACCAGUUGUAUUAGAAAACCACAGGUCAUCUCUCGGGGGGGGUGCGCACCCUGAUGUGCAUUAUGUUACUCAAAAUAUACGAAGAACUGAAGUGACAGCAUGGAAUUAUAUAUAUCCUAACUUAGACAUUGCAUGCAAUAAAUUACCUUCCAUAAAGUAGAUGUGUGUGAACCUCUUCUCGGAAGAGACCUCCUGUGGUUCGAUCUUGUAAACGACCACCUCCCAUAAGCGACCGCUCAGUAUUUGCAUUUAGGGUGGUCGCUUACGGGAGGUUCGACAGUAGAUUAGACGGCUCACUGGCAUCUGACGGUGGGAGAACUGGAGUAGGAGAUAAAUGUUAAUACUUUUCUACGUCCCAGUCUUUUUCAGUGCAUAGAAUCAAAUGCCGGGAUUUUGUUCAUCCGUUUUCCUUUAGAAAUAAAGGAGCAGCUUUCAUAAAGCGAAAGGACCCGUUUAUUCAUGAUGUUCGUAAACAAAGACUUCUGAAACUGUUACCAGGGACAGGGAAAAAAUUGGCCGACAACUGACCGGCACGUUUCCAGUAACGAUCCCAUCCUGAAACAAUUACGGGACGCAUUUCGGCUCCGUUUUCCUUUUUGUCACUAAAUGGGCCAAUCGGAUAGCUGGAUUCAACUAUCUGUGUUGUGAUUGGUCAUAGUCCCGCUGCGAAUCCUUGCUGACGUUUAUUUUUAGAAUUUUGUUUAAAUGUUAUAAAGGCUCUUUUAGAAAGGGCAUCAAUGCAAGGCAUAAUAAAUUCUUUCUAUAAGUCAUUGAAGAUGAUUUAAAUUAUCAAUAAUUAAGAGAUUUUCCUUGCCCACAGAUAUCAGUGCUGACCUGAUCAUUCAAACGAAGAAUGAAGCCCAAGAUUUUCUCUCACUGACGAGAAGAAGAAAAAGAUCCUCGACUGAUGUGAUUGAAGAAUGUUGUGGCGAGUGGUGUAGAGUAGAGGAGCUUAGAGAAUAUUGUCCUUGAACAGGAGAAGGCGAAUAAUAAUUAAUGUCGAUUCUAGGCGGAGC